AUGCCCACCUCAGCGAAGCGCUCUCAGCGCACCCGUCGCGACGCCCGCCGCGAUACUUCCCCUGCAAGAGUAGAGGACAGCUCGCCCACUCGCCCAUCCAAACGUCGCAAGAGGGUUGACGAGUCCGCGCCUACCGACGAAGACGAGUCCAGCCUCACUGCCGACCAGCCCGGCCAACCCAUAAGCGACGAUGAUCAUUUGCUAGCCCAGGUGGUUCAGCACUUUCAGGUACCCAAGGAAGGCCCUGCACAAGCCAGCAAGGACCAUGCGAAUUCGAUACACGAAGCGAAUGGAAGUGGCGUUCAAGCCUACGCCAAGAUCGCGGCGCAGGACUGGACAUUCUACAUCACUAAACUCAUCGUCAAUAUUGGUCGCCCGUCUGAGGGCGUCACUGAAGACGACGAGGACUUUAUCCAUAUCGACCUUGGUCCGAGCAAGAUGAUUUCGCGACAGCAUGCUCGCAUCUACUUCAGUUCCAAAGAAGAGGUGUGGUACCUCGAGGUCAAGGGUAGGAAUGGUGUGAAGGUGAACAACGUCGGCCUGAAACAGGGAAGUAUGCGUCGACUCGAGGGUGGUGAGGUCCUGGAAGUUGGUGGCACAGAGAUGAUCUUUGUUUUGCCCACCGAGAUUAGCCCCCUUCACAUCGAUCCCCUCUAUCUCAAAAGGGCCGGCCUGUCGCGGCAGCAAAUCACAAGCCCUCAGCCUAGAACAGACUUGCCUGAAGAACCCUCAUCAGCACUGGGUUCGACCAUUCGAAGUUCCCGAGGCCAGCAGUUCCGCCAGCCCAUUGCGCCGGCCCCAGCAGACUACAAACGGCCGGGUACACCUCCCUCAGCAAUCCGCGGGAAGCCCACACCCUCGCAGCACAAGUCACCCCAUUAUUCAAGUUCCGGUACUCUGUUACUGAACUCAAAUGACAUUGAUCUCAGUCUCGACGAUAAUAAGCAUAUUAAACCCCAGUACAGCUAUGCGCAAAUGAUCACCCAGGCGAUCAUGAACACGUCAGAGGGAAAACUCAAUCUCAAUGGUAUAUACAACUUCAUCAUGAAUAACUACGCGUACUACAGACACCAACAGGCUGCUGGCUGGCAGAACUCUAUUCGGCAUAACCUGUCUUUGAACAAGGCCUUUGACAAGGUCGCUAGAUCCACGGACGAGCCUGGUAAGGGCAUGAAAUGGCAGAUUGUCCCAGAGGCUCGGGACGAAAUGAUCCGAACCGCGUACAAGGGCGGCCGAGGCGGCCACAGAGGCUCUUCUGCACCAUCAUCGCCCAGUCAGUUGAACUACAUCACCCACGGACCAAGGGAUGUGAAUACCAGAGAACCUGCAUCGGCACGGAAGAGGAAAGUCUCGGCGACGGGAUCGCCACCUCCGAGCUCAUCUUUAGCUGCUGUCCAAUCCACCCCGGACCGCAGCACACGUCGCCUUGCCCCUCCAAGUACGGCGUUGACUGUCGACGGAAGCCCUCUUCCGCGACCACGGAAGGGCGGUGCGUCCGCUUCGAAUAGCUUCACCUCGGCCAGCUACAAUGACCAAUCACCGACACUAACUUCGUCUUACCUUCCGGACGAGAACACCUCCUUUGUGACGCCAGCGCCUCACCGUGUCCAUCCUCGAUUAGCCCCACCUAGCACCGCUCAGCGGCCGAGCCAGCAUAUGCCAACCAGCUCACCAGCGCCGUUCUGGAAGUACGCAGACAUUGGAAGCACGCCCUUGAAACCCGCUGCCCAUUUCGAUAUGAGCCCAUCCAAACCCUCCUUGGGGGGCAUACCGCAGAGCAGCAGUCCACCCCCUGCGAAGUCGCCCACUAGUCCCACACGAUCCCAACGUCAGGAAUCAUCACGAGAGGUUCCAAGUGAGCCAUCCAAUCCACCCGAGAUCGAGGAGGAGCAGGGUUUUGAUUUGGCAAAGGGUUUCCAGAGUAUCGGGUCAUACCAUGCCCCUGUAAGUCGGGGAUUGUCCGUAGCUAGCGCUAUGAAUGGCCACACUUGA